CACCGCUCUCCCCCGCCCCGCGACUGUUAUCUCUCCGCCCUAGCGCUGUUCCCAGCCUCGUUUUCGCAGUCGCUGCACUCUGGGCCAGCCAUUCCGCCCCAUCGCUUCCUUCUCCUCUUCCUCCGGUCUCGCCUUCUGGAUUCAUUCUCUUCCCCUCCCUCCGUACCCCUGGCCUUGUUCUUGCAGCCAACGCUGCCCCGAAUCCUCCCUCCCGGCUCCGGCCUCAGUAUCUCAGAUACUUUCAUACAUGGCUUCACAACAAGGACAGGUGGGAUAUCUUACAUCCCCACUCUCAGUUCUUUCAAUCUCUUCAGUAGUACUAAGCGUAAAGAUCCAAAGGCUGUCGUUCAAGAAAAUCUGUGCAGAUUGGCUCAAGCGGCAGGAUUCAAUCCUGAAAAAUUUCACCAUAUAAAGACUGAUCACGCCAAUGGUGUCUGGAUAAUGGGCAAGAAGGAGCCUGAUUUUUAUGAUGGAAUAACAACCAACCAAAGUGGAGUAGCCAUAGCAGCUCUUGGUGCAGACUGUAUACCUUUGAUUUUUGCAGAUCCUACUAAAAAAGCAUGUGGUGUUGCUCAUUCUGGAUGGAGGGGAACCUUGCUAGGAGUUGCUAUGGCUACUGUCAAUGCUCUGGUAACAGAAUAUGGAUGUCGCCUGGAAGAUAUUCUUGUUGUAAUGGGCCCUUCAGUCGGACCUUGCUGUUUUACUCUCCCAAGAGAUUCAGCAAAGGCCUUUCAUAAUCUUGACCCUCGUUGUGUAAGACUAUUUGACUCUCCAAAUCCCUAUGUUGACAUACGUAAGGCCACUCGAAUUCUUUUAGAACGAGGAGGAAUUCUUCCUCAGAAUAUUCAAGGUGAUUCUAAAUCUGACCAGAACCAAAAUCUUGACCUUUGUACAUCCUGUCAUCCUGAUAUGUUCUUCUCUCAUGUCCGGGACGGCAUUAAUUUUGGGUCACAAAUAGGCUUCAUAUUAAUUAGAGAGUAAUAAAUAUGGUACAAGUCUGGACGUUUACCUGUGUUGUUUCCUUGCUGCCUAUACUACUGCCUCCAAUAUUCCAGUGGCUCUAGGAUCUCAUCAAUCUCAGUAAGAAGUCAUUUAAUCAAAAUACUUGAUGUGUUUGGCCCAGCUUUGGGAAAAUAUGAGUCACAAACCAUAUUUGUGCCAAUGCAGAUAAGCAAGAAUUGACUGUGAUAUAACUUCAUGAGAUCACAAAAUAUAUUUUCUUUAGCUUUGAGGGAAAAGUACUGCAUCAACAAUUACUACUAAAAAGACUUAAAAUUUUAGAAAGUCAUGCUUUAGCACAGCCUGGAAAGAGAAGGCUUUCAUAUUCUGUAUGCUUAUUUCUAGAGAACAUCAGUGGUUCUUUAUGAAAGUGGUUUCUUUAUGUGAAUGUUGAUGUUGUUAACUACAGAUAUUUGUCCCAUCAUCUUUUACCUCUUAGUCUUUGCUUCACUGUCCCUUUUGACAAGCAUAUACUUCUCCUGCUCAGAAUCCCUUGAUUAAGGAUUCUGUCAACUCCCAUUGAAAAUCUCUCCUUAUUACCAUCACUUCCAUAAAUUGUCAUGCUUGUCUAUUUAUUAUAUCACUUUCCUGGGAGAAUGUAAGCUCUUUAAGGGCAGGGAUUGAUUUUCAUUUUGUUUUUGUGUUUCCAGCAACUAGCAGAGUACCUUGUACAGGUGAUUAAUAAAUGUUAUGGCAUUGGAAAUGGGAAAUGUUCUGGUGACAGAUUUAGACUGAGGAGUAAGUAAAAUGGAUACCCAUGAAUUGAUUAAAUUUGGAGAGAGGGCUGACUAUAAUGAAGGGCUCUAAGCUUCUUAUGUAACUUCCAUCUUGUAUUCUAAAACAGUGGUUAAUUGUUCUGUACUUUAAUACUAUAUAAUAAAUAUAAAAGGGAAGGUGGUCUUACCAGGAGUCAGUAUGAAUGUACUAUUGCUGUUUUUUUUUUUUUUGCAGAUUUGGAGCAAACUGUACCUCCUCUUAUUUGGAUAAAAGAGCAACUUAAAGAUUAUUUUAUAAAGUGUUUAUCACCUUUGUAUUUUGUUCCUUGAUGUGACUCAUGAAACCAUUCUCUAUUUUAAAUAAAUUUCCAAGUCCUCUGGAA